AAUAACAUUUAUUUACUUAUUAGAAAACUAGCCACAUAAGUUUUAGUAAGUACAUGUUAUUGUAUAAAUGAGAUAUUGAUUCCCAGCAGCAUUUCCUGUUAGGAUCUGCUCCAAAUCAGGCAGUGAAACAAAUGCUGUAAGCGGGAAAAAAAUGACGGCGUUGUCGUGUUAAAAGUGAAAAUAGCGGCCUUAAAAUAUCAUCUUCUGUUAAUCGUGGUUUUACAAGUUGAUAGCGGUGGAAUGUGUCGCCAUUGUGGUGUCAUGUGAGCAGAUGCCACAAAACAGCCAAAAUCCAAGGUCAUAUGGUGGCGCUGAGCUUGGCCCUGGAGCGGUCCCUUGACGCACGAGGCGGCAAUGGGAGGAAGGAAGGACGGGAAAAGGGAGGCUAUUCAAAGCCUGUUUGUCUCUGGAAAACAAGUGUUAUGGUAGCGGCUGAUGUCCUACAAUGUCCCGUGUGCGUGUUUGAGGGAACAAUAUGGGAGUGUCACAUGGAUAUUGGCAUUGACGCACCACUGCGAAAGCAGUGAAAAGUAAAAAGCAAAAGGAGGAGCGUCGCCGCAUACUUGAGCCAUCUGAAGGUGUUUGGAGGUCGUAAGGAGAUGGACUCACUAAAGAAGGAGCUUGAAGAAGAGCUGAAGCUCAGCACCGAGGACCCCAGGAGCCAUGCCUGGUACCACGGACCCCUCACCAGAGAGGCUGCCGAGGCUCUGUUCGAGAGGGACGGAGACUUCCUGGUGCGUGACUCCGGCUCGUCCCCGGGCGACUAUGUCCUGAGCUGCUACUGGAAGAACGAGCCCAUGCACUUUAAGAUCAUACGAGUGGUCCUGAGACCCAAAAAGGGCUACUCCCGGGAGCUGUUCCAGUUCGAGGAGGACCGCUUCGACAACGUUCCCGCUCUGAUCCGCUUCUAUGUGGGCGGGCGACGGCCCAUCUCCCAGGCCUCGGGCGCCGUGGUCUUCCACCCGCUGACCAGGACGCUGCCCCUGCGCGUCAUCGCCGAGCGACAGCAGGCCGACUGUAAGAGCGCCGCAGGAAGAUCGGCGGAGGGGAAGUCCCAUCACGAACGCAGCAAGCGGCUCAGCUUCAGCAGCGCCCUGGGAGACGCCCUGCACAUCAACCCUCUGCUCAGGAGCGGGAGUCACCCCGGCAACCUGGAGAACCUCGGCUGCAGGCCUUCACUUCAGUCAGCCCAGUCGGACAGCAACCUGAGGCCCGGCGCUCCUCAGAAAGCCAAACCGGAGGACGUCGGCCCGCCUUCCAUCUCGCCAGUGUUCCGCACAGGGAGCGAGCCCCUUCUCAGCCCCAAGCCGCGCCAAACGCAUCCCUGCCACCCCGGCGGGGGUGUGACGCUGCGGGGGUCCGACGGACAGCUGCACUCCCGAGCGCCCCCCAAGCCACUUAGGAUAUCUGCCGUGUUCCCCAAAGCGUACCGACCCACUCCGCUGUCAGACCGGAAAGACGACCCGUCCGCUUUCUAUGACGAGCUGGUCGUUCAGGUUCCUCAGUCCCAGCGCAAAGGCCACGUGGAUCGACUACGAGCAGAGGAAAAGUGGCAGAGUCGGGCGCGGAUCACCGAAACCUCCUUUGGCUUCCUGGAUGCUGACAACGAGAGCGAGGCGGCGUCCCGUCUGCCGCGACUUCCCGACAAGGAUCGCUUCGAACGUCCGCAGACGGAGUGGAACUCGUGCUUCCAGUUGGAGCGGUUCCAGUCUCUGCUGUUGCCGGACAACAACCGUCCGCUGGAGCCGAGCGUACUGCUGGCGCUCAAGGAGCUCUUCGACCGCUCGGACCCCAACACUACCGCGCUGCACAUACUCAGCGUGGACUGCCAGGUGGCGCGCAUCGCGGGCGUGACGGCCGAACACAGGAGAACGAUGGGAGUGGGCUCGGGGCUGGAGCUCAUCACGCUGCCGCACGGCCGACAAUUGCGGCGAGACCUGCUCGAGAGGCACCAUCUAAUUGCGUUGGGCGUGGCUGUGGACAUCCUGGGCUGCACGGGCACGGUGAGCCAGCGGGCCACGGUGCUGCAUAAGUUCAUCCUACUGGCGCGGGCCCUGAAGGAGCACGCCCGCGACCUCUACGCCUUCUCCGCCGUCAUGAAGGCGUUGGACAUGCCUCAGGUGGUGCGACUGGAGAUGACGUGGCGCUUGUUGAGGAGGAAUCACACGGAGAGCGCCGUCCUGUUCGAGAAGACCCUCAAGCCCUUCAUGAACUCGCUGAACGAGAGCGACGAGAGUGUUUUGGGCGGUGCAGUGGCCGUGCCCCACCUGGUGCCCGCGCUGCUGCUGCUGGAGGGUGAGGACGGCGUGGAGGACAGCGAGCGAGACGUCCAGACGCUCUACGACGUCCUACAGGCGGCACGGCGCCACGCCACGCACGCGCGCGACUACCAGCAGCACGCCAGCGCUCUCCUCAAGGGCGACUGGACGCCCAUCCCCGAGAUGCUGGAGGCCUUCCGAACCGAGUUUGCCCUGCGACUCUUCUGGGGCCAGUCGGGCGCGGAGGCGGACAAGAACGAACGCCACGACAAGUUUGACAAAAUUCUCAGCGUGCUCUCGGACAAACUGGAACCGGUCGAGAUCAGACCCGAACCGACCCGGCCCCUCAGCUGAGACCGUGGAAACUGCUGUCCUGAUAAAAAGGUGAUUCCAGUCAGGAUGAGAGAAAUCUUUGUCAAAGUUCAAUCAAACGGAUACAACCGGUGGACCUUUCGGUCUUUAAGUGGACCACAGCCCAAACUCCCCCAAUCUGCUUUUUGUGAGGACGAGGAGUUCGCCGUCAUUUCUGUCCCAACACAAAAGCGCAUUUUUACAUUCAAUUCUACGUGCAAGCAGUGGAGCCCAUCGAGGCGUCUUUUGUGAUGAAAAUGUUAUUUUGCGUCAGGACAGAGAUGUCCUUGUGCAAAUGAGCCGAAUUGGAUUGCGGCCCAACUACGCAGUUGUACCAACUUCUCCGACGUGUGAUUUUGAGUCGAGGCAGAAACAGCAUAACAGACAACGCUUUGUCAAAUAGGAAAUGAUGUGAAUACAAUAUGAGCACGUCUGCCUCACGAUUCUGAGGACCGGCUUCAAGUACAUACAUACAUACAUACAACUGGACUCGUCACUCUUUAGCUUGACCGGAGUUGUACAAACGUCACCUCUAUCUUUGGGGAUGAGAAUGUGAUUUGAAGAACUCCUUGUCAUAGUUCAAUUGCACAUAUGAGAGGACUCCUGAGUCGAAGAGAACCGCAGCCGCGCAAACGUUCCAAAGAUUUUGCGAUGAAGGCGAAUUUGGACAUCACAGAAAUGUCGUGGUUCAAGCGCGGCCCAUCUGGGCGCUUGUCCACUAGAAAAUGAGCACAUUGUGGUUUUCCACUGAUUCUGGAUCAAUGUUGGCGUACUCGGCUGAUGCUUGCCACACUACAAAAUGUUUUUUUUCCACUUGUGUAAAUAUUAUCGUUGAGUAAAUUCACUCGCAGUAUUUUGACAUAUGAACACAUCAAUAAUUAGCACCGCAACUCGACUCGCAUCAAUAAGAUCAGCAAGUCACGUUAUACUUGGUUCAUAUUUAAUGUUUAUUAUAUUUCUGUUUACAAUUGAGCCGUUUUCGCACAGCGUCCUCGUGCCCGUUAGGCCCCAAAUGCGGCGCAGACCGUGUGACCCUGAAUAGGCUCCUAAACUAAGAAUAAUAGUCAAAUCAAUGACAUCACUGUGCCUUUGAUAGACAAACGUUGACGGUGUCAAGUGGGCGUGACGUAGGAAGGGCCGCCCUAAAACAACAACAACGCAGCAGAUUUUCACUUUUCACAGCAGUUUUUGCAAAAAACAACAAGAAAUGCAAAAGACAGGAUUACUGACUAUUCUUAAGAUUUCCUAAUAUUGUUUUUUAGCUUUGAAAAUGCUAUUCCUGUUUUUUUGUUCUUGAAAAAAAUGACUUUUUGAAAAAUU